GCCUGCAAUGUUUAUCCUGACACACGUGCUUCACCGUGCAGUGGGGUGUGAUGGCUGACUGUUCACAUACAGGAAUAGUGACUCUGCGGUGAUAAUACGAUGACAGGCACCACCGUCUCCGGAGCCCUGACAAGGCAGAUGAAAACCCUGGGUCUGAAAUCCUUUCCCUGUGCUCCUGGAAGCUGGAACAAGUCUAGUGCGCUGAAUAGAAAGACUCCCUGUUCAGACUGCGAAAGCAGUGAUCCAAAAGAGGAGAGUCAGGACCACCUGAAAGACCUUCUCAAUCAGCAUGGUUCACCUUGGGAGCUGGAUGACAGAUGCAAUGUUGAGGCUCAACAUAUUAGGGAGCUGGCAGUCACACGUCCUGAAGUUAUUACGGAACAGUUCAUCCAUUCAUACUUCAGAUCUCUAAGAGUGGUAGACCAGGAGGUAACAGAAGUGGAUGAUGGGUUGCUGAAAUUUCACAGCCUUGAAGAACUUGUCUUAAGUGCCAAUAAGUUACAAACAGUCUGUUCCAGCAAUCUCCCCCGGACAUUAAAGGUGCUGGAGUUGUGUUCAAACCACAUUUCAAGCCUAAAGGCUCUUACUGUAAAUCCUCCUCCAGGGUUACAGCAUCUGGGCCUUGCCUAUAACAAGAUUCAGGUUUCUACAGAAAGUAAAUAUCUGACAGCCGACUUCUGGCCAGCCUUAGUUUCCCUGGACCUCAGUUUCAAUGAUCUCAAGGACCUUUUCGAUCUGGUUUCCAGACUCUGCACCUUGCAAAAGUUGCGUAUCCUGGUAUUGCAGGGUAAUCCUUUGACCUUCAUUCCCGCCUAUCGAGGCUAUACUAUAGAUAGUAUAAAAAAGCUGUGUGUAUUGGAUGAUAUUUCAAUACUGCCCGAUGAAAAACACAAGUAUGAUGGACUAUGCAAUCAGAAAGAGUCUAUGACCAACAAGGCAAAGUUGUUUGUCCACAUUGGAAAAGUGCAAGGAAUUCCAAAUCCAAGCAUUGUCACAGAACAACAUAACGCAAGUGAAUAUCCCAUCAUUACAUUUAAUUACCGUAUUUACUAUGAGUUCAUUGAGGACAGAGAAGAGCUACCUGAGUCUCAACCUGAAAGAUACCAAAAUCAACAGCUGACAACCCCAGAAGAAGGUGUAACCCUACUAAACUCGCCGACUUCUCACUUUCACACUGGUUUAUGUAAAUCGGAUGGAUUACCAUGGAGUGAAGUCAUAGACUAUGAGUACACAAAGGAACAUACCAUUACAGAUUUAGUCCUCCUAAAGUCGUUUCUUCUCUCUGGCACGACAGUCUCUCUUAUAGAGGAAAAGAUCUUGUCCUGGCCACCGGAUUCAGACCAUGACCAGGGUGCAGCUGUACCUAAGCUUGACAAAAAAGCAGGUGGGAAAGACAAGGAAAAAGACAAAGCCAGAAGUAGCUCCAGGGGAAGUAAAGCCGGCUCAAAGAGUAAGAAGAAGAAAGAAAACGUAGAUGAUCUCCGCCAUGAUCCCCCCGUGGUUCGCACUCUUGGAUCUGUUGUUAUGCCCUUGGAAAGCCUUGUUUCUGGGGAAGGUCAAACAUACCAUGUGUGUAACUUUGGGAUUUUAAUAACAGAUCCAGAGCAGCAUGGCAAUGACAAGGCUCCUCAUGAUGGUAAAAAACACAAAGAACAAAAGCUAAAAAGUGGACUGGAAAGCACAGAAACUCAUAAAACACCUCACUCAUCUGCAAAAGAAAAACAUAAAGAUUCUACAAUAAAAUCAACAGAAGAUGAGCCCCAAUCUGCAGCGAUGCCUGUGACAGCAGCGAUUACCGUCAGUUUCCUGCACUAAGGUUAUACAUCACCCAGGAGCGCUGUGACAAUAUGGAGACGUUGUCCUGAUUGUCCUUUCCUGUCAAACUUGUAUUUGAACUUUACUUUCUAUUUGGAUUGUACAAACAUGUGAUAUACACAUGCCAUAGGCUAAGUGCCAUAAUAAAUAUUGCUACCAAUGUAAUACCUUA